AUGGGCAGCAUAGAGCCUCAAUUGUUCGAACAACUGAACAAAGACCUUGACUACGAUGUCCUCAUCAUCGGGGCAGGCCUUUCCGGAAUUUACUCUAUCUACCAGAUGCGCCAGCUAGGUUUGCGAGCUAGGGUGCUCGAAGCUGGCGGAGGGGUCGGAGGGACCUGGUACUGGAAUCGAUAUCCUGGGGCUCGAUUCGACUCCGAGAGCUAUUCUUACGGCUUCUCGUUUUCCCAGGAGAUUCUUGAUGAAUGGAACUGGUCCGAGCAUUUUGCUGCCCAGCCAGAGACCCUGCGAUACUGCGAGUUUAUUUGCGAUAGGUUCGAUCUUCGCAGAGACAUGCAAUUCAAUACGCGAGUUAAGGCAGCACAUUUUCAAGAAGACAACCGGUCAUGGCUACUCACCGACGAGGAGGGCAGACAAUACACCAGCCGAUUCUUGGUGACAGCCAUGGGCAUUCUCAACAACUAUACCUGGCCGAAUAUUCCCGGCGUGCACGAUUUCAGGGGUCCUGCUUAUCACACAGCCCGAUGGCCUCAUCAACCGGUCGACUUCCGGGAUAAACGCGUUGCUGUGAUCGGAACAGGCGCGACCGGAAUCCAAACAAUUCAAGAGAUAGCCAAAACGGCCGGCCAUCUCACCGUGUUCCAGCGGACGCCGAACUGGAGUGUACCGUUGAAUAAUGGGGAAAUUUCCCUCGAGGAAAUGACAAAAAUUCGUACGAGAUAUCCGGAGAUUUUCCAACGAUGUCGGGAAUCCUAUUCUGGAUUCAUACAUAUCAGCGAUAAACGACGCACCUUUGAUGUUGACCCCGAAGCACGAGAGGCACUGUGGAAUGCACUUUACGAGACUCGAGGCUUCGAAAAAUGGCUGGGCAAUUUUCAUGAUAUCCCCACUGAUCGCCGGGCUAAUGCUCUUUUCAGCGAGUUCAUCGCUAACAAGAUUCGCCAACGGGUCCAUGACCCUAAGACCGCCGAAAUGUUGAUUCCCAAGUGCCACGGCUUCGGUACAAAGCGACUGCCUCUUGAAAGUGGCUAUUUUGAAGUCUACAACCAGUCGAAUGUCCGGCUUGUUGACUCGAAAGCCAAUCCUAUCCAACGGAUCACACCUGAGGGUAUCGAAACUCGGGAUGAAAACUUCACAUUCGACAUGAUCAUCUACGCGACCGGCUUUGACGCCGUCACUGGGUCAUUCACAGCCAUGGAUAUCCAAGGGCGCAACAAAAUCCAACUGGCAGAUCAAUGGCGCGACGGACCCCGAACGUUCUUGGGCAUGUUCGCUGAACACUUCCCCAACAUGAUGACAGUGAUGGGUCCACAUCAAAUGUUUGGGAACUUCCCGCGCAGCAUUGAGUAUUCUUCCAACUGGGUGGCAAACUUCAUUCGCUAUGCGCGGGAUCGUGGGAUUACAUGUGCCGAAUGUACGCAUGAAGACGUCGUCGCGUGGACAGAGCAUGUUCAUGAUUGUGCCGAGGGGCUAUUGGCAAAUGAAGUGGACUCUUGGAUGAGUGGUGUUAAUAAGAAUCUGGCGCAUAAGCAGAAGCGAAUCGUCGCUCGGUACAAUGGACCUGCACCCGGUUAUAGGAAGAGAGCCGAUGCUGUCGCUGCGAGGGAAUAUCGAGACCUGGUUUUGUCAUAG